AUGAUGAUGGGCCGUGUGAUGUGUGUGUUGGCCGUUGUGCUCUGCUGCGCCUGCGGGUAUACCAUGGCGGUUGCUGCUACUACUGAUGGACAACCAAAGGCAGUGAUGGCGAUUGAAAGUGGUUCUGAUGGUGAUAACUUUCCUAUAUUGGUAGAUGAGGAUGGUACGGGUGAACUGAAUCCUGAUGAUAGUCUUCCUCCUGCUAGACCUGUAAAAGGGCCUCAAGUUGAUACCGAAGUUGAGAGAUCCCCUAGAGAAAAAGAAAUUGCAACUCUAGUGAAGAGCGUCGAGGGCCUAUCUGAAGGGGUGGGAUACGUGAAAUUUGUUGAGAAUCAAACGGCGCUGAUAAACCAAACGGUUGGUGAAGGGAGUAGACAAAACGGUGCUGCAGCUACAGAUAUUUUGCCCUCAGACGCUAAUAGUGCAGUAAGUGCGUCAUCAUCCGUUGCCGCAAGCUCAUCAAGCACAGAAACACACUCUCCAGGAACACCAUCAACCAACACGACACCCUUAAACUCAUCUGAGGUUGUUGAUUCCAAUCAAGCUAACUCGCAAGUACUCUCUGAAACUACCACAGAAGGCAGUGAUGUCAAGGAGCCUAAUAUAGCACAAGAAUCACCUGCAGAGUCGGGUGCCCUCACAACAAAAGGUUUGCAUGGAAAUGACAAUGCUAGUUCAGCAGCUACUACCGUGAAGAAUAAGGCUAAUGUUGACAGCAGUGUGAGUCUUGUGUGGAUGCGCACUGCAGCACCGCUGCUGAUUGUGGUUGUGUUGUUCUCCGCUACCGUGUACUGA